AUGUUCCAAGGCCUGGCCGGUCAGAAGAACAAUGACCUCGAGUUGGACCGAGCACGUGGAUCCCCUUUCUCCCUAGAGAUUAAUGUCUUAGAAUUGCCUCACAAGUUUAAGAGGCCAACCUGGAAGAUGUAUACAGGGAAGGAAGAUCCCUUUUCGCAUCUCAAGUAUUUUGAAAAGCAAAUGGACCUGCAAGGAGCACGAGGAGAUGUAUGUUGCAGAGUUUUUCCUACCACCCUCUCAGAGGCCACCCAACAAUGGUAUUUCAAGUUGGCGCUCGGAAGGUUUAACUCAUGGAAGGCUUUAUCCUCAGAAUUUCAUGCACAAUUCUCCUCUUCUCGUCAACUUCUGUUGCACUUAGAAGACUUGGUCAAAGUGAAGCGAAGACCAGGAGAACCUCUCCGAGCUUACAUCAGCAGAUUCAUGACGGAGGCAACUAAGGUUGCACGGGUGACUGAAGACGGAAAGUUGUCCGAGAUACUGGGGGACAUUGAAGUUCUUAGAGAACUUUGGAAGGACAUCAGAAAGAACAGACCAAUAGAUUCUAUGAGUGACUUCCUUGAUCGUGCGGAUGGUUUUAUCAAGCUUGAAGAAGCCAUUCAUCGAGCAGAGGUUGAGCAAAAACCUAGCCAGCCAAAAGUUCCUUCUGUUGGAACAUCCGUCCAGCUCCCCCAGUACCCUAGAAGUUCAAACUCGAGUGGUAAACGGUCCAAUAACAACAAUAGUGGGAUAAGAAAAAAUAAUCCGCACGUGCAAAAAUAUGUCAAGGCUGAUCAAAAUCAAAAGGGCGAUAACAACAAAGAUUUACUACCACCACCAGUAGAUGGACAUCUGCAAGUCAUUAUUAGAGGUCCGCACAUAGCUGGAGAUUCAGGCAAAGCCCGGGAAAGGUAUGCCCGAACAGUACAGCAUGAGCAAGAAGAAGUAGUUCUGGCCGUCGAAGAAAGGAAACCAAAAAUACCACGAGCAGGGGAGCCCACCAUAACAUUUAGUGAUGAAGAUGAUGUCAAGAUUAGUUUCCCGCACAACGACCCGUUGGUUGUGGAAGUCCAGAUAGCCAACAAGAUGGUGGCCCGAACCAUGAUAGAUAAUGGAGCCUCUACGAACAUCUUAUUCAAAGCACCGUAUGAAAAUAUGGGGCUCGAACUCAAAGACCUAACCCCCUGUCUCCAGCCCGUGUAUGGUUUCUCCGGCCAAAAUGUUACACCUCUAGGGCGAAUUCGCCUGCCCCUCACUGUUGGGCAAGCUCCGAGGAGCAUAACUAUAAUGGCACAAUUUUUAGUGUUGGACGUUCCAUCAGCAUUUAAUGUCAUGUUAGGCAGACCAGCUUUAUAUGACUUAAAAACUGUUACGUCGAUAUUCCAUUCGUGCCUUAAGUUUCCAACAAAGAAUGGGGUGGGGUGCCUGAGAGGAAAUCAACAAGUAGCUUGGGAAUGUUACAACCUUGCCCUAACCAAGGCUAAAAAGGAAGUAUCCUCUAGCCAGAGUUCGGACAAAGGGAAAAGUAUUUCCAAAUAG